AUGGCGCCCGCGAGCUCCAUCCCCCUCGUUCCCGAGAUCCCCACUCUCCCUCUCCCCGAGCGCGUCGCCCCUGCAGCCUCCCGUCGCCCGCCUCCGUUCGGCUCCCUCGCUGCGGCCUUGCCGGAUGUCGGCGACCUCGAGCGCCGCCCUCCUCCCUUCCGCGCCGUGCCUCCCCGCGCUACCACCGGAGGGGCCAACUCCGGCGGCCCCGGCGCCCGCGCCAAGCCGCCGUCAGGUCCCGCGUCGCCAUCCAAGACCCCGCCGGCCUUCCCUGCUUCUAUUGCGCGGGAACGACGCAUCGAGCGCCCGCCUACAGCCAAGCCGCCAAGGCCCUGCUCUGCCGUCCGCCACUCCGUCGACCCUGCCUCCAUGGCCUUGCUGCCGCUGCCAUCCCUCAACUCCUUCUCCAGCGAGCCCCGUGGCCGGUCUGCAUCGCCCUUGCCGGACUCCAUCCUUGCUCCACCGCCACCACGCUCGACCCCAAGACAUGAGGUUGUUGGUGGUGGUCCGGAUCCAGCGCCUCCGGGCUCGCUGACGCCGGUUCUAACACAGCCGGAGCAGAGCGCGGCGGUAGCUGGGGAAAUCGAACAUUUUUAUGACGAAGGGGGGAGCUUGGGGAGGCAGGCGAGUGGCAGAUGCGGCGGUGGAGCAGGAGGCAGCUGCAGCAGGGGAGCGGGGAGCGGGGGAGCUGCGGCGGCGGGGACAGGGCAGCUGCGGCGGCGUGGAGGAGCGAAGCUACGGCGGCGGGGAGCAGCGGAGCUGGGGAUUCUGUCGGAGGAGCAAGACGAGGAGCGCGGGUUCGGUCGGGAGAAACUGAAGGGCUUUUUUGCAAAACUGCCCUCGCGACAUCAAAGCAAUCACGGCAUCGCGUCGCCAUUGCGCACACCGGUCCUUCUGUCCCGCAUUUGCAACCCGCAUCCAGCCACCGUCGAGUCGGGUAGCCGCUCCCGCGCGUGUCAGGUCGUGGCGCUGCAGCAGCCCAUCUGGUGCGCCGUGCAGCACAAGCUCCAGUUCGCGCUCUUGGACUGCGGCCCGGUCACGCCGUCCGUGGCGGGCUCCCUUGCACCUCAGCCUCUGCCCGUCGCGACCAGGAUGCGCCUCCUGGUCGCGGCCGGGUCCAGGUGGCACGCUCGCCGCUGA